UGCGCUAAAUGACCCUGGGAAAUAGCAGCUUUAGGACGCACAUCAUUGCCUUUAGACUUGGGAGGAAAAUCCUGGAGGAUAAUGUUGUUUUUUGCAGCUAUGGAAAUGGAAAUCUGAGUGACAUCAAUAAAAUGCUGCAGGAUGAAAGUCAAGUUUGAGGUGGUUUCUCUUUUAAGCGACGGAGGAAAAGAACGAGAGAGUUGAUUUUGUCCUCAGAGUAAACCUGAUGAAUACCGUGAGAGACGCGCAUCACGCCACCUGAUAGAGUGGAGAGGAAAAGGCGCACAGGAUUGCACAGACACCAGCACUACCUCCUUCAACAUGGAUGGCUACAACAAUUGUACGACAAUACCUGACAAUGUCACCUUGUCCUCCUCUAAGUCCUACCCCACCCACAAAAAUAUCUCAGACUUUCCCGAACCUAUGCCCUUCAGCGUGGUCACUGCAGUUGUCUACAGUAUCGUCUUCAUUGUGGGUCUUCUGGGUAACACUCUGGUCAUCUAUGUGGUGGUUCGCUACACCAAGAUGAAGACUAUAACCAACAUAUACAUCCUCAAUCUAGCCUUGGCGGAUGAACUCUACAUCCUUGGAAUUCCCUUCCUAGGCACCAAUAGUGUGCUCUCAUACUGGCCUUAUGGAGAUUUCUUCUGCAAGGUGUGCAUGACUGCUGAUGCCAUGAGCCAGUUCUCCUCCACCUUUUGCCUGACGGUGAUGAGCAUCGAUCGUUACAUGGCUGUUGUUCAUCCUAUGCGCAGUGCCAAGUGGCGGACGCCCCAGGUGGCCAAGAUUUUCAAUGGCAUGGUGUGGGUUGUGUCCUUUGUGGUCGUGCUGCCUAUCACGAUCUACUCGCAUGUGCAGCAGGAGUUAAACACCUGCAACAUAACCUGGCCUCAACCGCAGGAGUUGUGGUCCAUUGUCUUCAUCCUCUACACAUCCAUCAUAGGUUUCUUUGGUCCUCUGGUUGUCAUCUGCCUCUGCUACCUGCUCAUUGUCAUCAAGGUGAGGUCAGCGGGUGUGCGUGUAGGCCUGACCAAGCGGCGUAAAUCGGAGCGUAAGGUGACACGCAUGGUGGUGAUCAUCGUGUUGGUGUUCGUACUUUGUUGGAUGCCCUUCUUCACUACCAACAUAGUCAACCUGAUUCAUAUCAUCCCUGAGAACAAUAUCAAUGCUGCCAUCUACUUCUUCCUGGUCAUCCUCACCUACGUCAACUCCUGCGCCAACCCAAUCCUCUACGGGUUCCUCUCUGACAACUUCAGGCAGAGCUUCCAGAAGGUGCUCUGCAUCAACAAACCAAACUAUGCUGGGAACAAAAACCAGAUGAAAGGUAGACCGACUUCACCCAAGAUAAACCACAAUCCAGGAAAUCACACGAAGAUUGGAAUCAUGCAGAGCAUUCAGCAGCCUGUCCAGUUGCAGGUUAUUGAAGACUUUGACGAUGACCCUUUUACUACAAAAACCAAGAUGAAUGGCCAGCAAUUGCUUCGAGUCUUCAAGCUGGGUCACCAUGAUCUAGUGCUCAACAAAAUGUGACGUGUGACUGUUCACUCCUGGACCUUUUCUCUUUUAUCUGGGACUUUUGUAGAGAGGAACAAAGAGAGCAAAAACAUGUUCUUUAUGUCUUUGAACAGUAUGUAGGCUGGCUGCAUUGUACAAGCAUUAGGUUGUGUAAAGAUGUAUCAUCUCAGAAUGAAACAAAACACGUUGAAAAGCUUUAAGUUCUCAAAUAGCUGCAUAGAAAAAAAUACAUUUUACUUUCAAAAAGGAUUACUCCGUAGGCCUUGUCAUCCAAUUUCAGUUUCAUAUUUCAAUAUAUUAUAGUAAGAAACCUUGUUAAAUGUACUGAUGAUGCUUUUUGAUAUUCAUGCAAUCACUCUAUAUCUGUUAUCUUGAUGAAACCUGUAAAAUGUUCAUUAGCCAUUUUACUUUUUUGAUAGAAAGUAAAAAGGAUUUCAACAAAUAAAACGAUUUGCCUAGCUUUAACAUUCAGGGAAAAAUCGAGGAAAUAUUUGUUUUCUUUUUCUCUCGCAAAUGCAUUUUUGUUUCUUGUGAGAUGCUUGAUCUACUCAUCCUAAAUGCAGGGGUUGUAUCAUAAAUGUAUCAAAUGAAAUGUGCUUUGGAGCAAACCAUCAUAUGCGUAAAAACCACACUAGUUGAGCAAACGUCACAUUAUUUAAACUGAAAACGCUUCACUUUGACUUUAUCGGAGGCUGAAAGUGGUAUUGAUACUUUCAUCUAACAGUCAACAAUAAAUGAUAUAGCUGUACUUCCCCAAAAAUGUAUCUGCUAUUUCAAGACAAUCUGAUAUUUGGUGCAGAAGUACACCAUGAUGAAUGUAUCAUGUGAGCCAUUAUAGGUCAUUUCACCUUGCUCAAUGUUGUUUUAUUUUAUUCCACCAAGCAUUUAUGGGGAGUCACGCUAAUAUUUGAAUUUGAAUUCAAUGUAAAGCUUGUUAAAACGUUUUUGAUGAUCAUUACAAUUAUAUUUCUCCUGGCUUUUUAGAUUGGGCUUUUUUGUGACAAGUAGCUCCGCCAAUUGUUGUCCAUGUACGUGUUUCUCUUCUAUCUUAUAUUUGUCCAACAGCAUCUGCUGGAGCUGAUGCCAUUGAGAACUAAAGUUAGCAUUUAGCUCCUGGACUUUGAGGUUUCAUAUUUUAUGCUAACAUUAUUGGGAACUUGCUGUGGCAAGUUGUAACGUAAGCCAAGCAAAUCCAUGCUGACAAUGUUUGUGGUGGGUUUGAGUUCAACAAGAAGGACCUGUGGAGAAAUAGAUGCCAAAAUGCUAACUUUAAUAAACUAACCUUCUUUGUAAUGUUCACCCUGCGUUAAUGCUACACAAUGCAAUGUGCUGCAGACAGCCAACAUGAAACCAAGACCUUCUGUAUGUGCAUCCAUCCCAUAAACAGACAGGUGAUGUUUUUGUCACUCUGGAUGAGCAAUAUAAUGGUAGGUUCAUGAUUUUUAUAGCCCUUUAUCAUAAUUUCAAGUCUUAAGAGUGGAAGCUUUUUGCUUGCAUGUCAAAGUCUCUUGAUAUUAACCACUUUAGGUUUUCAUUUUUUUACUUUUUUUUGUGUGUAAACUAAGAAGAAAUGUCUUUAUUUCCCUAAGAACAGGGCACUGUAACAAAUGUUGAUGUAUGUAACAAUUUAAAACAAAGGCUUACCACAUUCCCAUAAAGGUCUAAUGUCUGAAAAAUAAAAUCAGUUGACUUUGAA